GCGGGCCACUUUUGUCCGUUGGUGUUCAUAAGGAGUCUCUCAGCGUUGAGACUUGCCAACACCAGCUAGUCUUGUGCUCACCCUGCUUAUCCUCUCCUCGCCUUGUCCACUGUAGCCCUAUUCCGAACGGAUUCAUUUGGCCCAACCUUCGCACUUUGUGUAUCCAUCUAACGUUCCAAGGACCCCUGUGUUAGAGUUCGCUGCGUUGCAUUUUCCCGCUUGACGUCUAUCGCAUCUUCUCUGCCUUAUUCAUGUCUGCUGCCCCUGCCCAGUCUUCCUCUGUAGCAAACAUUGCCCCAGCAGCCCCAGCGUACCCGUUUCUUUCGCAACCGCCCCCGCAGAAAAAGCGCCCCACCCAGCCGUUGCCCACCACGCCGGUCCAGGCACCUGCUAGCCCCUGUAAACCUGUUGCCAACCGCAGACGCUCCGCCACCCUCUCUGUCAUUGCCGCGUGGGCUGCGAACGUUCAACCAGGCUCUCCUGCUCCGUUGACUCCUCCCCGUCGCAGGACUUCGAUUUCCAGCCCUCGUCGUCCGUCCAUCUCUCCGCGAUCCUUGACCCGGCGCGCCUCUGUGACCUCGAGUCGCGCGCCCUCGGCGUCGUUCUUGAAUAUCAUUGACACGCCCACCACGAGCCGUAUCACACCUUCUGUGAAGGACUUCAAGCACGACCUUACUGCGGUCGGGUACACCUCUGUCUUCGUCCACUUCCCCAACACACCCUCCUCAGCCGCGUACACCGGUUUCCCGGACAGACGCCCUUCAGUUACCGCCAUUCCUGCUCCUCAGGUUCCCGAGGCAUCAGAGAAGCCCGCUCGUCGCGGCCUGAAGCACUUCCGCUCGCUUUCCGCUCUGAAGCCCAGCCGCUCUCGUUCCAAAUCAACGACCAUGCCUUCUGCUAUUCCCACUAAGCAGGUUGUUCCGCCUGUCCCUGCGGGGCACUCGCGUGCCCCGUCCAAGGAGACCGUCAGCAAGGCGAAGAAGUCCAAGUACGCCAAGUACCGCCCGCCACCUCUCGCGGCCGAACUCGCCCUCGCCCAGCUCGCCGAUGGCGGGAAGAUGGAUGACCACAUCAGGCGCUUCGCCGAGGCACAGGCGCGUGCCGGUGGCGCGAUGGUCGUCGACGGUAAGCUUGUCGGCGUCGGCGACGUGUGGCGAGAUGGCGAGGGUGGCGUGUGGCGCGACCAGGACGAGGAGUGGGAGUACGCACAUCUACUCGGCGGCGACGACCAGCUGCGCGCGAGCGACGGCGGCUGGGAGCGCUUUGGCUCCGGCUCCGCGUCUAACAGCGCUGACGGCGAGGAGCACCGCGGAAGCGUGUCGAGCCAGGACUCCGACCUCGAUCCGCGGUACGCGAUGCAGGCCGAGGGAGAGCGCGAUGACCUCGCGGUAUUCGGCAGUGCUGUGAUGCCCUCCGCCAUGCGCAAGCCGGGCAUGUCUGUGCUCGCGAUCCCGACACGCCACCGCCGCACCGCACCGCACCUGCGCAAGCCCGAAUUCCUCCUCGACGUCUUCCCCGUGCCCGACAACGCGGACGCACAGCCGCUCUGCCAGCUCUCGUCGAACGGCCAGCAGACGCGUGCCACGGGCAAGGAGCGCCGCCGCCCGGCGCCGCUCACGCUCCCGCCGCCGAGCCCGGCGUCGAAGGCACCCAUGAACCCCCUCGACGACACACGCAAGGCUUUCAUCGAGAAUUCGUUCGCGCCCCCUCCGGCCCCCUCGCCUGCCACCCACCGCCAACACCAUCAGCGGCCAGUCGAGCCACCUCGCACGCCCGCUCGUGUUGACUCGCGGCCAACGACAGUGCGUAAAAUGGCUUUUGGCGGCAAGUCGACCAUCAAAAUGGACAUGCGGGGCCUCUUGAAGGUUAUGGGCGGCAAGAGAGACAUCUAGACGCAGGUCGAUCUGGUACGGCUGCCUGUGGUGUGAUGGGUGUACGAUGAUCUCACGUUGAUUCACGUCCUAUUGGUUUUGCUGUAUUCUGCUGUAUCAAAAAAGACUGUAACGUUCUUAUGACCUACUUGUAGAAAUUCUCUAAUUUAAUACACUGUUGUAUUCUAGUUGAACUUUGCACGAUGCGUCCUCGGUAGUUUCAGAUUCUCUGAUUGAGUGUAUUUGCG